AUGAUAAAACUAUGGGAAACUGAAAGACUUAUCAACUUUUUGAGGAGUGAUUCAAAAUUAGAAGGCUUAGAACUUGACGAUAUCUUUUUUACAAAGCUUUGUGAUGAAAAUAUCACCGAUAAUCGAAAAGGAGCAUUAGGAGUUCAACUUAUAAAAGGGUCUGGUUCGAAAUCAAGUGAUUCUCCAACUAGUUAG